UACUUAUCACAUUCAUUAUGACAUAUGGAGAUUGUUCAUACAAUCGUAGUUCUAGCCUCCAUGUAGAUGCCAUGAUGAGUGCAAUGGUGAAGUUCGACAAGUAUUUAAUUAUAUUUGUUCUCGUCAGUGCGGUAACUUUAUUUGGUUCUGGCUUUAGCUAUCAAGUUUGCAAAGAAAAUGUAUCAUCAAAAGGUCGGCAUUUCAUAGUGACGGUUCCGCCAUUUGAGACUGUCACAGUGUUUAACCUUUCAAUAAGUAUUUCCAGCUCAAGUUAUGGUUAUGCUGUAGUCAGACUAAUAAAUGGAUCCCAAUCAUUACAGAUAGGAAAUUACACUCUGUUACCAGGAGAAGCGGAUUUUCAUUACAUGCAAGGACGCCAAAUACGUCAGUAUGAUGUCGGUAAACAAACUAGAUGUUUAGAGAUACGUUCUUCUGUUGAUAUAUCUGUACAUAUAACUGGUUAUGUUCCCAGUGUGGCAGCAUCGUUUCUCGCCUUUCCAGUUGAUGUGUUGUCUAAUGAGUAUUCAAUACCAUCAUACGGUUAUGGAUAUGGCUACAAUUAUGUUCAGAUCACGAGCCCUUAUAACAGUUCGUUUAUCGUUGUGAAUAACUAUACUUCACCUCAAUCGAGUUUGAAUGCAACCAUAUCAAGAUUUGAGAGUUACACUUUGAGAUCAAUCAAGGAUCCUAAACAAGCAUAUGUAGUGAGCAGUAGCCCUAUAAAUGUUGUUGUCGGAAAUAGGUGCACAUAUGUUCCAAAGAACAAUACUUAUAAUUGCGAUAUACUGUUUGACUCACCAAUACCUGUGAAGUACUGGGGAACGGCAUUUGUUGUCCCUCCGCUAAUACCUAAAUCGGGUUACUCUAUCCGCCUUUACUCCAAGACUUACAACAACACGGGUGCAAACGUUCAAUAUCUAUACAACAAUACUUCUAGGACAUUACAUAUAAAAGAUAUGGAUGAGCUGUUGAUGGGAACAGAACCUACUGUGAUCUUAUCAGACAAACCGAUUAACGUCGUACAAUAUGGUUUCACAGAAAGAGGUGAUGCUGGCGAUGCAUUCAUGAAUUCUGUACCGGCAAUUAACCAUUUCAGCAAUGAUUAUGUGUUUGGCACACCAUUUGCAGAUAGAGGGUUCACCUAUAGAUUGACUAUUACAAUAGGACAGGGACAUUAUGGUGGUCUUCUGUUAAAUAACAGGAACAUCACAGAUUAUCUAUUAGAAGGAAAAUGGUCACCGGGAUCACUAUUCAACAAUUUUGAUAUAAUUACGUUAAAGAUCAAACCAGGUUCCCAUGUUCUCAAACACAAAUCUACAAACGUCAAAUUUGGAGCAUUGUUAUACGGUCUGAAACAACAUUUUGGAUUUGGACACAACUUGGGGUUUACAUUCUCAAUUCCAAAAAAUGUUACAUGUUACAACGGUGGUUCAUGCUUGAAUGGCGGAAGCUGUGUAUGUCUUUACGGAUACACGGGACAAUUUUGUGAACGCAGCCUAGAUGUUUGUGCAAGUCGACCAUGUCUACACGGUGGAAUAUGUAGAGCGAACAAUGAUUAUUUCAGCUGCUCUUGUAACUCUGGCUGGACCGGUCAAUACUGUGAAUCAGCUUUAGUUGCUCCUACAAAUCAUGAAUUGACCUGUUUUGACUGUGACUACACAACAUCACCCUCUUACUGUGAUAGUAUACAAACAUGUGCAUCUAACCAGAAAUGUUUUCUGAAGAAAACAACUGACACACACGGACACGUACACUUCACGUCCGGAUGUACAGAUGAACAAGUGUGCAGUAACUAUGAUCACAUACAUUCCCAUACAUCUAAUGACGUCUGUUUACAAUGUUGUAAUGACAGUUUCUGUAAUUCUCGUGGAUGUGGUGAUACAGGUUUUCCACCAAAAGAAACACGCGGUCCAAUUUGUCUUGAUUGUAGUUUUGCAAGUAAUCCACAAGCCUGCGAUAAGGUCACAAUAUGUGCGGGCGAUGAGUUCUGCCAUAUCGAAGAACUACCAUGGGGUGCAAACUCAAUAUAUCAUCUAGGAUGCAGACCAAAAAAUGAAUGUGCAUUGUGGACCGGUCAGGGUGCGGAUCAAUCUGACAUAUUGGAGUUUGGCGUGGAUAGACAGAAUUGUGUUGAUGGUAAAGAUUGUCAUGGAAACGAAAGAGCACGUAAACUGAGGUCAACUCCGAUUUGCAAAACGUGUUGUACUGGAGAUUUCUGUAACCGGAAUUGUACAGUGCACAACGGCAACCAACAAAUCAUUGUCGGAUAAUAUCGAAAUCAGUGUAGCAAGUGUUUGAAAAUAAAACUUGUGUCUUCAAAUG